GACCUUUGAAAUGUAAUUGUCGGUAAUUUGGACGGCUUUAGCAUCCCCUUAACGUUCGUAUGUGUCAUCGAAAUCAAACGUUUCCUGUGUAAAUUACUUCGCAGUCAUUUACUACGAUGAAUUCUAUAGGUCAAUUAUACGCAAUUAUUGUAACUAUCGAAGUGGAGGCACUAUUAGUGGAUCAGUUGGAUGAUGGUGUACAAUAGAAAUACCAGAAGAGCUCAAUUUUACGUGUAACAAUCGUUCACAAUUGUUAAUUGGAUCAAUUGAAAGUAUUGCAAAUGUGCUUAGAAACGAGAGGGACGGAAAUAAAUACAGCUGGUUGUCUGCAACUAGUUCAUCCUAAAAUACAAUCUUCGUCUGCUGUUUAUCAAGUAUUAAAGAAAAUUGAAAGGAAAAAGUAGAGAUAUAAGAAGGCAAUUGCUCAGAAGAAACAAGAUAAAUUCAUGCAAAUGGAUAUGGAAGCUCAGGCAUUCUCUAGAGUUUUGGCUGAUGAGGAUUGUGACAGUUCGGAAAGCAUCAAGGCAAAAAAGGAAAGUCAGGAAACAUCGGAAACUGGCUCUUCUGUUACAAAUGAGAUGGAACAGAUGAGCAUAGAAAGUAGCGAUCAGACUCAGGAUAGUCAGCAGAAUAUCAGCGACAGCAGUUCUAGAAACAAUGAGCAAGAUGUAAUACCAUUAAUGUCUAUCGUGGAUAUGCACCAAACUUGUAAUUCUGAAGAGUCAAGAGAAGAAGUUAGGAAGAUGGCCAUUCAGAUAACGACACAAUUUGGAAUAUCCAUCGCGGAACCAGGAGAAUUUGCAAAAAAAUAUGCCCUUUCAGCACCCUACCACUUAUUCUACACGAGAGUAGAAAAUUCCAAGGAGACUUACAAUCAACAGCUUUCUAUAACUUUCCCUGAGAUUCUCGACCGGAGUCUUGGAGAAAUUGUUAACAGUCUUCAUUUAAAUUUUAUGGUAGACGUCGGGUGGCUGUGCUUGCAGUAUCUGUUGGCUGGUCAAUGUACUGAUAUGAUGAUUCUGUACGGCGAUAGGGUAGAUCAUCUAGCAACAUUAGAGAGAGUACCUAGCAACAUUACUAUGAUAGAAGUAGAUAUGCCGACUGAUUUUGGUUGUCAUCAUACGAAGAUUAUGAUUCUACAAUACAAAGAUAAUGGGAUCAGGGUGGUUGUCUCUACUGCUAACUUAUAUCUCGACGACUGGGAAAACAGGACAGAAGGAUUGUGGAUCUCGCCUCACCUGCCUCUGCUACCAGAAUCCGCGAGGCCUAAUGACGGGGAAUCUCCAACAGGCUUCAAAAAGGAUCUCGUGCGAUAUCUCAAUAAAUAUGGAUAUCCGGCUUUGACGCAGUGGAUAAGGGCGGUACAAAGGGCAGAUUUUUCUGACGUGAACGUGUUCCUUGUCGCUUCUGUACCUGGAUCGCACAAAUAUAAAGAGGCCAAUCUCUGGGGAUUUAGAAAAUUGGCGCACGUCCUAUCACGUCAUGCCACAUUGCCACCAGAUGCCCCUGAGUGGCCUAUAAUCGCGCAAAGUUCCAGCGUAGGCAACUUUGGUCCAAAAUUUAACAGCUGGUUGUUGAAAGACAUAAUUCGGUGUAUGUCGCAGGAGACUACUAAGGGUUUAAAGAGUCAUCCAAAUUUCCAGUUUAUUUACCCGUCGAUACAGAAUUACAAGCAAAGCUUUGAUUAUCAAUAUUUAAUUUCUCCCUUGUGUUAUAGUGCAGAAGUGCAUUCUAAGCAACAAUGGAUAGUAUCGUACUUAUACCAAUGGAAAGCUAAGCGAACUGGACGAGAUUGUGCAAUGCCUCAUAUUAAAUCCUACACGAGAAUUUCGCCCGAUUUGAAGAGGAUUCCCUGGUUUGUACUCACCAGCGCAAAUCUAAGCAAAUCUGCAUGGGGAGUCCAACGAAGCAACCUUGACAUAAAUAACUACGAAGCUGGAGUUGUAUUCAUACCAAAACUUAUCACUGGAACAACUACGUUUCCCAUUGAGGACGAAGAGGAUGAUUCAACCGUCCCAGUAUUUCCGAUUCCAUAUGAUCUUCCAUUGUGCCGAUAUGAAGCGGGUGAUAGUCCUUAUGUCAACGGAUGUCAUCUCGACCCUCAGGAGAGUACGUCUUCGUCUUGUGAAUAGAAUGUCAUUCGA